AUGUUGGGAAGAGGGCGCCCCCGGGGAGGGCGCGGAAGCCCCGGGCCCUGUCCCACACUCCCUGCCCUAGGGCCUCUUCGGCGGGCUGCUACUCCUCAGUGUGCUCACGGUCUCACUUCCCCCCCGUCCCUACACACAGACCCGGACAUGGUCCCGGAACAGGGCUGGCCGGACAGACAGCUCCCGAGCGCUUCCUGCCUGCAGGCCGACACCCAUGAGGGAACUACAGCUCCCGGCGCGCCGGGCGGGAGGGGGAACGGCCACCUCACGCGCCUGCGCAGUGGGAGGCUGGCAGCGCGGCGGCUGAGGGCCGACGUCCGCGGGGACGUUGGACCAAUCCAGUUGCCCCAGCUGCUCACGCGCUGUCACCGGGGCCUCUGCCCGCAGCAAUCCUUCAGCAACAGCCAGGGUGAUCGGCAGGGAGAUGCAGAAGGUGCGCCGGGUCAUCCCACAAACCAGUCAGCUCCACACAGUGAACCCGGGACCUCACCAAGCUCAGGACAAGUCCUGGAGUUUGACGCUGACGUGACAAGCGAUGGCGAUGUGAGGAGACGUGGCUUUGUAGACACGUGCUCUUGGUGCUGGACCCUCAUACCCACGGCCGGGUGCAUCAUCCAACGAGCACAGAAGGAGGAUUUGGGAUUUGAGCUGCAUCUCUGGGUAUUUUCUGGCAGGAGAGAUGUUCAUUAUUGAGUCUGUGAUGAAUCCGAAUUGUCUUCUGUAAUACGUUCUGGGACUGUUGGGUAUUUGAGUCUUGUAAAGGACAAUCCGACGUUAAAAAGAAAGUUUACCUUAGUGAAAAUUCACCCGUUUGUCAGAAAAUCUAUAAACGUGAUUUAAAAAUACUUCGAGAAAUAUGCCUUGAUUGAUCAAGACAUUCCUGAAAACAGCUGGGAUAAGAUUUUAACUCUUGUUUCUGAAACAAUUCAUGAUUAACUUCAACAAAGUUUUUAAAAUCAUCUCAGUUCACUUCAGAGUGGGGAGAAUUUCAAGAAGGUAGCCAGCAGAUGUCAGGAGAACAUCAAAAAUGACAAAUGUGGCGCCUGGCUUGGGUGGGAGAGCAUGCCCCAGAAGUACUUUCCACCGCUGGGUAUCAGUGUUAGCAAAAGAAUCAAUCAUUUACUAAAGAGCCCUCUUAGAUAUCUUAAAACGGGUUGCAUUUCUGUGCCUAUUGAUUUACAGAAAGUAAAUCAAUUCGAUCCAUUUACUAUUCCAGCCAUAAGCUCUAUCUGCCAUGUAUUGUGUGCCAUUUCCACUAACAAAGAGGAAAAAAGGAGAACAAAGCUGGAUUUGAUAUCAAACAUAGAAUCACAGAUUGUAAAACCAGUUCAAGCUCCUUAUUUAAAACUUUUUGAACCGUUUUUUGAAAACCUAGAUAAAUCCUAAAAAGAAGUUCUCAAGAAGAAUGGUUUCAAAAAGACUUAUGAAAAUAACUGCUCUCAAACCAAUGUGGAUAUCUUCUACCUUCAACCAAGAAUCAAAUACUUCAAGAGCCAUUUAAUAAAUAAGGCAGAACCAUGUAUGCAUCUCAGGGCUCAAACCAAAAUUACCUUUUCUUGAGAAAUAAUUGUGAAGAAAAAUUCCUGAGACCAUCAAAGGAGAGUGUCAAGGUUCCUGGGAGGAGCAAUAAGGGACAAGU